CUAAGCACGGCUAACCAGUAAUCUAUUGUUAUUUCAUUUCCCCCCCAUAAACAACACAUCAUGUCUCCCAGCGGCCCUAUUGACGUCGAAAUCCGGUUCCUCGACCCCCCAAAAGACGGUUCAAUACCCCACGCCGUCGUCCCCGCAUCCGGCCCUCCGCAGGAGAACUACAGCGCCGUCGCCCACAAAGUGUCCUUGACAGAUCUCCGGGGUCACGAGUCAGAAUAUAACCUUGAUAAAGAUGCCUUCGCUGUCUUUCAAAAUGUUCCCUCCGCGAUGACCUACGAGUCGUGGGACUCCGACGAGACCGUGAAGACUACAUACUAUCGCGAAGUCGAGGACCUGCUCUUCAAGACCGUGCCCGGCACGCAUAAAGUGGUCAUAUUCGAUCAUACUAUUCGACGGUAUAACCCUGAAGCCGAUAGACAACCUGUCGUCUUCGCGCACGUCGAUCAAACACCGAAAGCCGCCGAACUACGGGUCCGCGAACACGUCAAAGACCCCGAAGAAGUGGAGAGGUUACUCGCCGGCCGAUACAGGAUCAUAAACGUCUGGAGGCCGCUGAACGGCAAGGUCGAGUCGAUGCCUCUGGCCUUUGCAACUGCUUCGUCAGUUGCGCCAGAGGAUCUGAGUACGAUCGAGCGCCGGUACCCACAUUACACUGGAGAGACGAUGGGCGUGAAAUAUAACCCGAACCAGAAAUGGCUCUACUGGUCGGGCGUCGAUAACGAUGAGAGGAUCUUAAUCAAGUGCUCAGAUACAAGAGAAGAUGUUGCGCGACGAGUGCCGCACUCAGCGUUUGUCGAUCCAAGGUCGACAGAGAGCUCGAGGCCUAGGGAAAGUAUUGAGAUUCUGCGUCUCUCGCGGUUACAUUUCUGUAGAGCUGAAUUCUGCUCAUGGAGAGUUGCAGAACUUGAAAAACAGGUGCAGCCUGAUUCCAUUGCCAUCUACAUCUUCGCUCUCCGAUUCUUACAACGCCAAAGGCCAAUCGCUGGCACUCUGUACCAAAAGGAGGAGGCAUAG